AUGUUUAUUCAUAUCUCUCUAUCUAUCUAUCUAUCUAUCUAUCUAUCUUACGGCCACAUCACGUUGAAACAUGAUUUAUUCUAUCUAUCUAUCUAUCUAUCUAUCUAUCUAUCUAUCUAUCUGUAUGUAUGUAUGUUUGUCUGUCUGUCUAUUUAUUUCCUUCCUAAAAACGAUAUUCUUUUUGUUGUAUUUAAUAUUAGCAUUUUCACACGUUUUGUCUUUUAUCGAACAUUUUUUUCUUUAACAUUUCAGAAAAGUUAUUUCUUUCUGUUUGUUUUUCUUUUGUCUUUUCUCAGACUUUCUUUUUUGUUUUUUUUUUUCAGAUUCUUUUCCUCUUUGGUAUUUUUCACACAUUUUUUUGUCCUUUUUCAUACUCUUUCUCUCUUUGAUCUUUCAGAUUCUUUCUUUCUUUUAUCUUUUUCAGAAUACUUCUCUAUUUUACAGAUUAUUUUUUCUUUCUUUCUUUUUUCAAAUAUCCUUGGGGAAAACAAAGGUAUGCCGGCCACUCGACCCGAACUUCGGCCGGCAAAUCCACUUAAAUCCGACGCAACACCUCAAAUAUCAUUGCGAGAAGACGAUGAUUAA